UCCUGUGUAGUAAUAGACUUUUUCCUCACUGCCUCAGCCAAUUGGCUUCUUAAAAUCUCAAGGGUUACUCCUGGUCCUUUGAUAAUUUCCUAGUAUCAAAGAUGUGACUGUAUUGUCAUUCAUGCUCAUCACAAACUACGAUAGAUAGCAUCUUCACCUUCUAUUCGCCAGGGGUGUGGCUGACAGUCAAGGCAAUUGUAUGAGGUGACAACAAUAGUCACCUUAGUGUGACCAGUAGCUAUCCUGUAAACAGGUGAGCAUGAAGAGUCUGGCAAAUAAAACAAGAGAAACAAAAAGGUAACUAUGAUGGUUCAUUUUAUGUGUCGACUUUGUUAGGCCACGGUAUCCAGAUAUUUGGUCAAACACAAGUCGAAAUGUCACUGUGAAGGUAUUUUUUAGAUGAGAUUAAUAUUUAAAUCCGUAGACUUUGAGUACAACAGAUUACCCUCCCUAAUGUGGGUGGGCUUCAUCUAAUCAGUUGAAGGCCUUAAGAGAAAAGUAGACAGAGAUCCUCAGAAGAAGAUGGAAUUCUGCCAGCAGACAGCCUUUGGAUUGGAGCUGCAACCUCACUUUUUGUCUGGGUCUUCAGCCUGUUGGCCUCCCUUACAGAUUUUGGACUUGCCAGCCUCCACAAUUGCGGUAAACACUACUCUGAAUUUCGUUUGCGACUUUCCUCUGGAAGUGACAGCAUGGAUUCAUGGUAUCUGCCUUGGUUUCUCUUUGCUGCUCUCCUUGUGGUUUCUGGCCUGCCAACUCCGGAAAACUUUGAUGUAGAUGGUGGAAUUGACCCGGAUAUAUUUGAUAUCAAUGAAGGUUUGGGACUGGAUCUUUUUGAGGGAGACGUCAGACUUGCUGGGACACAAGAUAGAAAUUCCAUCAUUGGAGAAACAUACAGAUGGCCUCAUACCAUUCCAUAUGUUCUAGAAGAUAGCUUGGACAUGAAUGCUAAGGGAGUUAUCCUCAAUGCAUUUGAACGUUAUCGCCUGAAAACAUGCAUUGACUUCAAGCCUUGGGCUGGAGAAGCUAACUAUAUAGCAGUGAUCAAGGACAGCGGUUGCUGGUCUUACGUGGGAAAUAGGCGUGUUGGGAGGCAAGAGCUCUCCAUUGGGGAAAACUGUGACAGAAUAGCAACGGUUCAACACGAGUUCCUCCACGCACUGGGGUUCUGGCAUGAGCAGUCACGUUCUGAUCGGGAUGACUAUGUCAGCAUAAUUUGGGACAGAAUUCUGUCAGGUAGAGAGCACAAUUUUAACACCUAUGAUGACCAAGUAUCUGACUCUCUGAAUGUUCCCUAUGACUACACUUCAGUAAUGCACUACAGUAAAACAGCAUUCCAAAAUGGGACAGAACCAACAAUCGUAACAAAAAUCUCAGACUUCGCGGAUGUGAUCGGCCAACGCAUGGAUUUCAGUGACUAUGAUCUCCUAAAGUUGAACCGGCUGUAUAACUGUUCCUCUUCCUUGAGCUUUAUGGACUCAUGCGAUUUUGAACUGGAAAACGUGUGUGGUAUGAUUCAAAGUUCAGGUGAUAAUGCUGACUGGCAGCGGGUUUCACAAGUUCCCAGGGGACCAGACAGCGACCACUCUAACAUGGGCCAGUGCAAAGGUUCUGGUUUCUUCAUGCAUUUCGACAGUAGCUCUGUAAAUGUGGGGGCCAUGGCAGUGCUGGAAAGUAGAACACUGUACCCUAAAAGAGGAUUUCAGUGCUUGCAAUUUUUUUUAUAUAGCAGCGGAAGUGAAAAUGACCAACUGAACAUCUAUAUCAGGGAGUAUUCUGCAGAUGAUGUCAAUGGUAGUUUAACCCUUGUGGAAGAAAUAAAAGAUAUACCUAUUGGGAGCUGGCAACUUUAUCAUGUAACAUUGAAAGUGACCAACAAAUUUAGAGUGGCGUUUGGAGGGGUCAGAGGCACUGGUGCAUCACUGGGUGGCCUGUCUAUUGAUGACAUCAAUCUUUCAGAAACACAGUGCCCUCAUCAUAUCUGGCAUAUAACGAAUUUCACACAGUUCAUUGGCAACCCAAGUGGAACUCUAUAUAGCCCUCCAUUUUAUUCUUCCAAAGGUUAUGCCUUUCAGAUUUUCUUGAAUCUAAACCAUUUGACUAAUGCAGGAAUAUAUUUCCACUUGAUCUCUGGAGCCAAUGAUGAUCAAUUACAGUGGCCGUGUCCUUGGCAACAAGCCACGAUGACACUCUUGGAUCAAAAUCCUGACAUUCGACAGCGUAUGUCCAACCAGCGGAGUAUAACUACAGACCCAUUUAUGACCACCGAUAAUGGAAACUAUUUUUGGGACAGGCCUUCCAAUGUGGGAGAAGUGGCUUUUUUCCCUAAUGGAACUCAAUUUAGAAGAGGUCGGGGCUAUGGAACCAGUGCCUUUAUAACCCAUGAGAGGCUGAAAAGCAGAGAUUUUAUAAAAGGAGAUGACGUUUAUAUCCUACUGACAGUGGAAGACAUAUCCCACCUUAAUUCUACACAAACUGAGCCAAACCCAACCCCUGGCAUCAGUGAACUUUGCACAGACUUCCAAUGUGAGAAUGAUGGCCUCUGCACUGUCCGAGAAGGCAAAGCCGAGUGCAGGUGUCCGUCAGGGGAAGACUGGUGGUACAUGGGAGAAAGGUGUGAGAAGAGAGGCUCCCAUCGUGACACCGUUAUCAUUGCUGCUUCUUCCACUGCCGGUGUGUUUGCCCUGAUGCUCAUAGUCACCCUCGUCAGUGUCUAUUGUACCAGAAAGAGAUACCGUCAAAACGCAAGUUCAAAAACAGCAGAUAUGACUGUGAGAAACCAACAUGCAUUUUGAAGAUUAACUCGACGAUAUGGCCAGCAAAUGAAAUUAAAAAGGAUUCUUUGUCAUGGAUUUCACCUAAAAUAUAUUACAACCGCUUCAUUCUUCUAUAAAUGGAUCUUCUCUGUAAAUAGCUGGAUAUACUAUAAAUCAUUAUUUUGGUAAAAGUCUAAUUAGUGAAAUGUUGUUUGUGUUUUUGUUUUUAAAGGAGGAGAAGUAAAAAAAUAAAAAUAAAGGAGGGGAAGCAAUUUGGGCUCCUCUGGAAGUAUAAUAUUGUCUAUAAAAAGGAAAGCAGCAACUGGAGACAGCUUUCCAAAUUACUGAUCCUUUAUUUGGGGGCAAGUGUGUGGCCUCUCCAGUGAUUCCCUAGAAACCCACUGGAAACACCCAAUGGCAAUGGGCAUCGAGACAUGCCGCCCUGUCUCAAUGUAGGGAGGGCCAGUAGGACAGCUCUCUUUCUCUCCUUGGACGCCUCCCUCCCAAAUUGGCCGCCCUCUUGUUUUCUUUCAUAAGCCCUUUGGUACAUGAGCUUGGUUUAGAGUUAGUUUGAAUCUCCAGCUAUGAUUAACAUGAAAACUUAAAACUCUUAGAACAGUGGUUUUCAAAGUUUUGGGUCUCAAGACCCAAAUUUUUACUCUUAAAAAUUAUCAAUGGCCCCAAAGAGCUUUCGCUGAUGAGUAUUACAUUUGUCACAUCUUACCUUAUUAGAAAUUCAAGAUAGGAAGAUUUAAAAGUAUGUCUUUAAUAAUUAUUAAAAAAUAAUA